AUGGCUAAUGUUUCUGCAACAACAUUAUCAUCGACAUCAAAAACUAACCACUCUAAUGCUGGAGACCGUUCCACAGACGGAAUCGUCAAAAGACGCAACAGAAUCUCGUUCGUGUGCCAGCAGUGCAGAAAGGCUAAAACAAGAUGCGACAAGGAACAACCGAAUUGUACCAGGUGUAUCAAAAAUAACCUAAACUGUAUCUAUGACAUAGAAUUACAGAAAAAACCGAAAAACCCUUCGAAAAAUGCAAUCAUUAAAAGAUUGGAAAAUGAUGUAGAAAAUUAUAAAACUAAAUACUUUGCAUUACUCCAAGAAAAGCAAAAUACACCUCAACAACAUCCUCAAAUUCAACCCAACAUUCAAACUGAAACUGGAACUGGAAAUGUGAAAAAGGAGAAUCCUCAACAAAAGGAAAACUUACAGAUACCAAAUUUAAAUCCAAAUAACGAGACUACUACCCCUGCAAUCGAUGAUAUCAACCUUUACAAUUCACAUCCUUCCUUGAUUAUGAACAAUAUCAUGAAAAGAGAAGUUAAACCAUUAGCUGAAAAUUAUAUCAUCAUCCAAGAUAAAUUCUUAUCAAAUCUAUUCGCAUCAACUUUUUUGGAUCCUUCAAAAAAUUCAAUGAUCACUGCACUUUCUGAAAAUACAGCUUCUGUAAAUUUACAGCCUUCUGUAAGAAAUCAUAUCUUAAAAUUAAAAGGAAUACUGAUAAAACAAUCACAUUCAGAACAACAACGUGAUAGAAUUAACGACUUCAUGAAUAGGAUCUUGCAAAAAGAUGCUACCCCAGAAGAUGAAUCCGUAACUUCAAAUACAAGUGGAACUACAGCUUCUCCCCAUGAUAUAAACUCAAAAAGCACAGGUGUGGGUGAAAUGAUUGCCGCAAUGUCAAACAAUUUUGAACAUUCAUAUCUAGAAGAUAUGUGUGAUAAAAACAGUAAAGGUGAAUAUUACUACUCUGAUCUAAUGAAAACUUUUAUAGAUGAAUUCGAAAAAUUCUUACCGCCAUACGAUGUGAUCAUCAGUUACAAAGCUCACUUUUAUGAAUCGAUCUACCCAAAUCUUCCCUUCUUAGAUAAAGAAACCUUCGAAGAAACUCUAUCAUUUAUUUUAUUUCCUGCCCCAGCUGAUGUAAAAGAUAGAAAAAUUUCUUUGAAUUUAGGUACAAGGCAUUUAAGAAGCAAAUUAGAAAAUAUAUGUCUGUUGCUAGUUAUACUGAAACUGUCAUAUAUAUCGUUGCGAUUCAACGAAGAAGGUUCGGUAGAUACUUCUUCUUUGUUCAUUAACAAUGAAGUUUUGAAAACUUAUCCAAUUACAAAUGACGCUAUUAUCUUAGCUGAAAAGUUCCUAGUGGCUGAAAAUUUAUGUGCUUGCGCCAAUGAAAAUAUAGUAUGCUGUCUGUUGUAUAUUUGGUCCUUUUUUGUCUUCUCACCAGAAGAAGGGGAUUUCUUUUUAGAACAUCCAACAGAUAUUUUAGCAGGACUGAUAACAAUGUUAGGAGCUACAAUUGGUCUUCAUAGAGAUCCGAGAAACUUUCCACAAUUGAAAGAAUUAAUUAUACAACCUUCUUUGCUCAAUCACAGACGAAUGCUAUGGUUAGCAGUAGUCACAACAACAUGUUUUGAAUCUUGUCUGAAGGGCAGACAUCCUGUUUUUGUUCAGAAUUUGGCAAAUAUGUUUGUCGAAGAUAUUCACGCUCCUAACUGUUUAGAGAAUUAUUUGAAAAAAGUUAAAGAAGAUAUGGGUGAUUCCUUUAACCAACGCCUAUAUAAAAGCCACGAAAUAUCCUUUAAAAGAAUGCAGCUGUCUAUUUUGAUGUCCGACCUGGACUCCAUGACUUUAACGUUUAAUAGAUCUUUCAAGUUAUCUGAAAUCGAAGGGUUAAGGAGUAAGAUUGAAACAUUUUUAGAUAAUACCUUCCCAAUCCUAGAUUUCAAAGGUUCGAAUAAUACAAAUGACUGGAUAAAUCAAUUGACGAAAGUCACUACAACUGAAUACUCAAUUACUCUACAUUCAAGAAUGAUGGGAAAUCUGCUUUUAUUAAGAACUUCAAUAGCUCUUUUCCUUCACUUUGAGUCACUAAGUGAAACGAAAUUUGAGUUGAAUAAAAUACUACCUUAUCAUUAUAGAUAUUUCUUAAGAAUUUGUCUAGACACAUUAUCUUUAGUGUCUACAUUUAAAAAAUUCUUUAGUGGGGGAUAUGGUACUAAAUAUUCUUCUUUAACAAGUUAUAACGUUACAAAGACUGCACAAUUAUCAUUAUCUACUAUUAUGUUCAGUUUAUUAAGUAUCGUUAUGAGGUUGGAACUUGCAGGUGUAACAUUAUUAACUGAAUAUAAAGACAUUUCUCAACGUCAUAAUGCAAAUUUAAACAAUAAGAAUCAAACUGGUAGUAAAAAUAGCAACAAUAAGAAUGAAAAUGAAAAAAAUAGGAAAGCAAAUAAUGAUUCGUCUGAUAUAAAUGAUUACUCAGACAUAGAAUCAAGAAUGAACGAAUUAAUUGGCAAAAUUACUACAUUAAACUCAUUAAAAAAAGAAUUUGAAAAUGCGAUGGAAACAAUGCAUCAAUUAGCAUCAAAACAUUUGAGAUUUACUUAUUAUUCGGUGUUUAAGAUGUUAGCUAUAUACGACGUUCUGAUUCAAAGGGUAAGAAAGGGAGAAUUAUUAACAGGAAUUUUUAAAAUGGCUCAAAUGGAAAACCUUCAUCCGAAGGUUGUCCAAGGUUUUGCUAUGAUACUAAAUGUAGACCUUGGUGCCAGGACUACUUUGAUUGAUGACUUGAAAAAGAGAAACAGAAUUUCUAAUAUUAGUUUAGAUGAAUUAAAUGAAAUUUAUCACGCUAUCAACGUAGCUCAAAAACAAUUUAACAGGCCGCCUAGUACUAAUUUGACUGAAGAACAAAACCCAUCAAAUGUCUCAUUUCAAGACAUGAAUGACGGUGCCAAUUUGCAGAAUGCAGCUGGUGCACCUUCCAUGAAUUCUAUGUACGGAAAUAGUUUGGAUAAAUUGACUUCAGUAGCGUCAAUCUCACAAAAUAUUGAUAAUCCGCUAAAUUGGACUGGCAAUACACUUUCAAAUCCACAUUCGACCCAAAACAGUUUUAUUGGUGGCUUAAGCAAUAUGCAAUCGCCGGCUAAUGGGAAUUCAUCGAUGGGAAUUAUAAAUGAUUUUGAAAUUGACAAUGAUGGCACUUCAAAUGUUGAUUUCCGUGGUAUCUUUGGAGGAUUAGAUCUAUUCGAUUAUGACUUCCUUUUUGGGAGUUGA